GCUUCAACAAUUGUGAUCUAUAGUUUUUCCUUUAGUAAAGCCUACAGAAUACGUUACUGCGAAGGAAAUUCGUGUCAGUCAUUAUCAACAUAAUAAAUGUUCUAUAUUCUUCCGGUGAUGUAAAUAGAAAGGAGAACCUUUGUGCAAAUUAACAAAUGGAAAACUAUUUAGAAGUUGUCCACAGAACAGUGCAAAUCAUAGAGAUGACAACUGAAGUCACAGAAUCAAAACCCCUCAAGAAUUUGGAAGAAUUAUAUGAUAAUGUGAGAAAUUUGAAACCAUGGCCUAAUAUUAAGGGUCUAAGGGAAUCAACAGAUUAUGUGUACAAUGGUUCAGAAAUAAAUGCACAAAAAAUACAAUUACAAAAGUUUGAUAGAGAAAAUCAACCCAGGACGUUGCUUUGUCAUGAUAUGAAAGGCGGUUACUUAGAAGACAGAUUUAUAGAUGGAUCAAAAUUCUAUGAUUCUUAUAUAUUUUAUUAUUGGAGUGUCAUCGAUACCUUUGUGUAUUUCAGUCAUUAUUUUAUAACCAUACCACCUUUUGGAUGGAUUAACGCAGCACAUGAUCAUGGUGUUAAAGUGCUUGGCACUGUGAUUACUGAAAGAGAAGGUAUCUGGGAUCAUAUACUUGAAUCUCAGGAGGAAGUGAGAAGGUUUGCAGAUGCACUAAUAUUUGUUGCAAAAUUUUAUAAAUUUGAUGGCUGGUUAUUAAAUGUUGAAAAUGUCAUUAAAAGUGAGCAUGUUAAUAAUUUAAUUUAUUUCGUGAAAUAUCUAACAGAAAAUAUUCAUCAAGCAAUUAAAAAUUCUGAAGUUAUAUGGUACGACAGUGUAACUAAUGAAGGAACUUUAUCUUGGCAAAAUGAACUUAAUAAUAAAAAUUUAGAUUUUUUUUUAAAUUGUGAUGGCAUUUACUUGAAUUAUAACUGGAAUAAAUCGAAAUUAGAAAAAAGUUACGCACUCGCAAAAAAUCAUAACAGAGAUAUUCAUGAUAUUUAUGUAGGCAUAGAUGUUUGGGGAAGAGGUUGUCCUGGUGGUGGUGGAUUUAAUUCAACAUAUGCUUUAAGAAAGAUACGAGAGGAAGAACUUUCCGUUGCAAUUUUUGCGCCGGGCUGGACUUAUGAAUAUUUCGGCUCCAAAAAAUUUCAAGAAUUAGAGGAUGUAUUUUGGGCACAAUUAUUUUCUUAUUUAUACGUUCAUGUACCUAUUUACGAAGAAGAAGUAUUUAAAACAUCAUUUUGCCGUGGAAGUGGUAACGCGUAUUAUCGUUGCGGUGAGCUAGAAUUUGACAUACACGUUAUAAAAGGCAAAAGUAUAUUCGAAGAGAAAUCAUUUUACAACUUAUCCCUACAAAAACCACAAAUUUCCGUACCUAUACCGUACUUGAAAUUUACAUAUUUUCCUCAACCUCCUGAACAAAAAAGUGAAAAUGAUCGAAAUGAAUGUGUAAAAUCGGCGGUACAAUACGUUUAUGAAACAAGGAAAUACGUUAUUCGAAUUUUAGAAAAUAAUGUAAAUAUUCAAAAUAAAACACCGCUGCUAGACGUAAAUUACUUUGAAUUUUGCACUCAGUUUUCUUUCGAAGGAGGUGGUUGUUUAAAAUUAAUUACCAACGAUCUGAAAUCGUAUCACAGAUUGUUUCUCGUCCAUAUCGAGUUUCAACAAGACAUAGAAGCAUCUAUUAUUUAUGAAGAAAUAGAAUCAUUUGCAGCAAAUGGAAGUCGAAGUGAACCAAUAUUAGUUCUGGGCAAUGAUACCGGCUUAAAAUCUAUCAUCCACUAUAAAUUGGAAAAUCUGACGUCGAGAUGGAAAAAAUGUGUUUACCUGACGAGCAUGAGGACCGUGAACGAGAUCGGUGUAUCCUUCUCGAAGAGGAACGUCUGCUAUCUGGGAGAGAUCAUUCUGGAACAAAAGCGUCGACAUCUGAACGAUCGUUGGGCUUCAACCGACUGUGUCAAACGGAUCAGCGAUUACAGCGUCUAUUGACCUUUACCGAUCCACAC